UUAAUUUCCACUAAUAAUAAAUAGUUAACAGCAUUGGAAAGGUAAAAUGAAGGUUAUUGUUAUUAAGUAAAAUAAGGUUGUGGUUCUGAACGAUGAACGUGUCUCGUGGAGUGACGGACUCGGAACGUUCCAGUUCUGCCAAGACGGAAAAAGAAAACGAGGAGGCUGAACUUAUAAAAGAAGGAAAAGCUGAAAUAUUAACAAGAAACGGACGAGUCUUCUACAAUCCUGUACAGGAAUUCAAUAGGGAUCUUAGCAUAGCUGUUCUGUCUGUAUUCUCCAAAGAACACAAAGUCAGAAGAGGGGAAAAGAGAAACGCCAAAGGUGAGGUGAAGAAUGGCAGUGAAAGUUUGAGAAACAAGGAAACUUCUACUUCCCAGGAUGAUGCUGGUAGUGGGAUAUCUAUAUUCGAGCCCCUUUCUGCGUCAGGGCUUAGGUCAAUCAGGUUUGCCUUGGAAGUCGAGCCGAGGCCAAGGGAAAUUGUGGCAAACGAUAUUUCUCAAGCAGCCGUAGAGAGCAUACGACUUAACAUAAUCCAUAACAAUGUUGAACAUAUUGUAUCAACUAGUCACAGUGAUGCAUCAGCAGCAAUGCAUACUUUUAACGCUAAGGGUAAACGAUUUGACUGUAUUGACCUUGAUCCAUAUGGAUGCCCCUCAAAGUUCCUCGAUUCGACAGUGCAGGUCGUGGAAGACGGCGGUCUCAUCAUGGUAACAUGCACUGACAUGGCUCUCCUCACAGGAAACACACCUGAAACCUGCUUUGUUAAAUACGGUUCAAUUCCAUUAAAAAGCCCUGCCUGUCAUGAAACGGCACUAAGGAUUGCACUACAAUGUUUGCAGUCUCAUGCAAACAAAUAUGGUCGAUAUAUUGUUCCUUUAUUAUCAAUCAGUGUGGACUUUUAUAUUAGAAUUUUUGUAAAGAUAUACACGUCAGCUUUGAAAAGCAAAGAAACAACAAGCCAUUUGAGUUAUGUUUUUCGUUGUGUUGGAUGUAAAACAUUCCGAUUCCAGCCCUUGGGUGUCGUGACUGAAAGAAAGGGAACUGUACCGCUUUUUACUCUUCCUCGGUUUGAACCCAUAAACGACUGUCCUCACUGCCAGCACGGAUAUCAGAUGGGAGGACCAAUUUGGACAGGAGUUCUACACGAUCAGGCAUUCGUUUCAAAAGUAAUACAGCUAGUGGAUAAUAAACCUGAGAGAUUCAAUACGAGCAAACGGAUAUUAGGAAUGCUUUCAACAAUCUACCACGAACUGAUUGAUAUCCCUCUGUAUUAUGUAAUUGAUGCUCUCUGUGCCGUUGUUCACUGCGUUGUUAUGCCUUCAAUGACUUUCAGGAGUGCUUUAUUGAAUGCAGGCUAUUCCGUUUCGGAGUCUCAUGCUGCGCCGAAUUCAAUAAAGACAGACGCCCCUACGAGCUUUAUUUGGAAAGUGAUAAGACAUUGGGUGAAGCUUAAUCCAAUUUCUGAAAAACGAUUGAACUGCAUCUUGACGAAGACUCUUUUGAUGGCGAAAGACAGCGACGAUUUGACACCAGAUGUCAAUUUCGAUAUUCACCCACACGCACCGUCACGUUCGCAUGGCCUUUUGAGAUACCAAAUGAAUCCCACCAAAUUCUGGGGGCCAGGUGUCCGUUCUACAAUUAACACGACUCAAUGUGCUAAGCAGAAGGAUAAUCAAAACAAAAAAAAGAACAAACAGACAAAAAAUAAAAUAAAGAAAUGCAAGAUUAACGUAAUUAAAUAAUCAUUUUUAUCUUUAAACUUUUUUUUGGAAAUAAAUGGUAAUUUUAAACACCA